AUGGCAAUAUUCAUCACGAUCACGUUCAAACAGAUCUAUUCUUUAAUCGAGAUACCGAAUUUUGAUCAAACCAUCGAACCCGACGCGUAUAAAGAGCCAUCAAAUAGUGAAAACGAGCAGUUGGUAAUAGAAUGGCAGGAGAAAGUAUUCAGCCGGUAUGAACUCGACUACUACAGUAACAAAGAUAAUUGUAACACAGAUCUACAGAAAAACUUUCACCACACAAUCAAAACAUCCGGACUGAUCGCAAAGGAUUACGAAAGCAAGAUUUUUACAUACACGACUGCUGAAAACUAUACACCAGAUGAGGAUCUAACCAAUGUCGCUCAAAUUAGUGAAUAUCAGCUGAAACAAGAAGGAACUGAUUUCGAGAGUAUGUUUAUAAUGGCAGAUCUCGAAUCAGAAGUACUGCUGUUUUCAAUCAAGUGGAAUCCAAAGGAGAAAAUGUUACUCGUUUACCCAGAUUUCAACUGUAUGAAGGUCAAUCCUUACUAUAAGGAAAUUCAAGGUGAUAGUCGGCAAAUGUAUCAUUUCGGAAUAAAGAACUUGAGUCAAAAGAGAAAAUUAACUGGUUCAACAGAGACUGUAAAACUGCAAGAUAAUUUGAUUGAUAAGUUCAACAGGUUAACACUAAGAGAGGGACUUUCAAGAGAUAAUUUCUUAUGUCCAGAAAGCCACGAACUUCAAUUUUUGGUGCUUUUACAAAUAAUUUCGGCAACUGAGCUUUUAUAUGAUACUGCCCAUGUGCGAUUCAAGUACACUCUACCAAUUGGGGCAAAAGUCGUCGAUGGAUUCACCGAUGGUUGCACGCAUAGCAGCAAAGAAUUCCAAGGUGUUUGCCAUUACGGCCAUUGCCAUGAAAUAUUACUGAAAGUUCCAGAAACAAGUGAUAUGAAAGAUGUUGUAAAAAUAUACUUUGAAAUUAUAUCGAUUGACAAUUGGAAGCGCGAACGAUUGCUAGGAAACGCAUACAUCAGUUUGCCUUUGCAAACACAGACGAUAGAAACGACACUGCAUUGUAUCAAUAUAACAAACAAUCAAAGAUUUUAUGAUAAACUGGAAACCUUCCUUGUAGGGGGACGUCGACAAGUUAAACUAAAAGAGUUUUAUGGACAGGACGAUUACAGGCUGUUAAACCGCUACGGAAGUGAAACUAGCUUAGCCGGGAAGUUACAAAUAAAAUGUCAAAUACUUCAGCAGCAUCGCCCACAAAUUAUUGAAAUGUCUGUUCCUAAAACAAAAAAGCACGGGAAGCUUCGAGCUAAUGUUGUUACUAUUGAGGAAUUGUUGUCAUCCUACCAUCGUGCACGUGAGAGGUUGGAGGAAAUUGUCAAUUUGAAAUAUUAAUAAAAUAUUUGGAAUUCUGAUGGGUAAAGCAGUAUUAUGGACUAUUUGACGAAAUCAGCUCACCCACUGUGUCGUGAUGUGGCUUUAAAUACCACCCUAGCGAUAGAUACGUACAAACAUAAGGCGCCGUUGCCACGUUUCGAAAGACCUGAGUUCUAUAUCUACAUUCAUCCCGACAAUCGUCUGAUGCGAUGGUGUGCGGUGUGGUGUAGGUAAUGCUAAUAUGACGGCUAUUCAACAAUAAAAAGCAAAAGAUGAGAAAGUACUUUGUAUAGAUUCAUCAAUUAUUCCAGUAUGAAUUAUAGUAACAGAUCAAAACAGAUGAAUAAUCUGGCUCGUUUUUUUUCUAUGUAGAAACCACGCCUGUCCAUUGUGCCGUACCCUCUUCAGUCGGCAUCAAUUUCUGGUUUAAUGGAUCUUAUUUAUUCCAUCCAAACUGGUCGCGUAAAUGCUGGCGUCCGUCUUGAUAAAUGAAAUAAGAAAGUUGCCGCUAUAAUUGGAUGUCAAAAUACGCGGUUGAUGCGUAGUCGAACGUUUCGUAUGUUUUGUUAUUUUCGGCUUUAACUCAAGGUCAGCUGCACGAUAUGUAUUGAAGAUUUAACCUGAGAGCCAGAGAAAACAUCAACAGCAAUGGAAACAUAGUACCGUGAAUUAAUUUGAUGGUGGGCAAAUACUGAGAAUUUUAAUUAAAUUAUGAUGCACGUAGAAUAUUGAAUUACGCGAACUAUGUUAUGAUUAUAUUGGAAAUCGUUAUCAAAUGCAAUUUUGAGUUCUAAUUAUUUAAAUGUUGAAAAAGUAUUUGGAGUUGUUAUCUGCUACCGAGUCUAGAUGAAAUACAUAAACAAACCCUAGAACCGAUAAUUACUAGGGUUACCAUUUCUGGUGAGGCUUUCACCUGGAGAUUUUUACUUACGCGGG